UUUUUUCCUUCUAAGUGCUAGAUCAUAGUUAAAUGUGUCAUCCGGGUGACGAAGCAUGUUGUAAGCUAGCUUGAAGCUUGAUAUGAAGAUCCAUAUAUUCAGUGGAAACACUCUUUGUUAAGAACCAAAGAUUUUGAAGAAACCAAUCAAUCAAACAGGCUGAAAAGAAAAAGUAAGAAGAAGAAGAAAAGUAAAAAAUAAAAACACCAAAACGACGUCAUUUUGGAUGUGCAGCAAGGAAGGCUGCAGAAAAGUGCGGCCGAUGAUCCAAGCUCAGCUAUAAUAAGGGUGUCUUUGAUGCCGUGUCUAACUUCACAUUCAAAUUAAUUCCUGGAUCACAACCAAACUUUCCAAAUUUAUCACUCAACUUGCUUCCCUAUGCCAUGGAAAACUUGCCCUAUUACUUGGCUCUGCUACUCUUCUCACUCGUCAUAUUCAAACACUUCUUCCAUCGCAAUUCCAAAUUACCACCAAGCCCCUUCGCUCUCCCCAUAAUCAGCCACCUUCACCUCAUCAAAAACUCACCCCAGGAAGCAUUAAAUCACUUAUCAUCCAAGCACAGCCCUAUUUUGUUUCACUGAUUCGGCUCUCGGCCUACCCUCGUCGUCUCCUCUCUCUCCGCCGUCGAAGAAUGCUUCACCAAGAACGACGUCGUAUUCGCGAACCGCCCUCGAUCGAUCGUCGGCAAUUACUUAACCUACAAUUACACCGCCGUCGUGUGGGCUCCGUACGGCGACCUGUGGCGGAGCCUCCGCCGCCGCACCGUCAUCGAACUCUUCUCUUCCAAAAGCCUCCAGAGGUCCUCGAUCGUCCGCGAACAAGAAAUUUGUAACAUUCUCUCUCACUUGAUGAAGAUUGGGAAUUGAGAGGUGGAUUUGGAGUACUAGUUCACUCUAUUGACAUUCAAUAUGAUGACGAGGCUUGUUGCUGGUGAUCGAUGCGUGAGGGAUGAGGAUGCAGGGAUGGAAUUGGGGAAGCGAUUUGUUGAAGGAUUGAAGGAGAAGUUUCUUAGGAGUUCGCCGUCGAAUUUGUGCGAUUACGUUCCGAUGUUGAGAUGGAUUGAUUACGGAGGGGUGAAGCAGAGUAUGGUGAUUUUGCAAAAGAAGAGAGAUGAGUUUUUGCAGGGUUUGAUUGAUCAAGUUCGGCAAAAGAGAGCCGAUAAGGGAGGCGAUAAGAAAACAUUGAUCGGAACUCUGUUAUGCCUCCAAGAAUCGGAACUUGAUUUUUAUACAGAUGAUCUCAUCAAGAGUUUAAUACUGGUGAUGUUUUUGGGAGCAACAGGAACAUCAAUAGUCACGAUGGAACGGGCAGUGUCGUUUCUUUUAAAUCAUCCGUCGACGUUCCAGAAGGCCAGAGCAGAGAUUGACAACCAAGUCCUGUUUUGGGAAGGGCCAUAAAAAGCCACGUUUUUUUAUCAUUUUCCAAAAACGCAAGUGGUCAAAACCGUAAGGCUGGAGCUUUAGAGGUUGUGUGCAUUCCAAGAAAAAAUGCACUUGAACUCCUGUCUCAAUUUCAAAAUUGAAGUGUGCUAAUGGAUCUAUAUUUUUAGCUAGUUAUGAUUAGGCUAGUCAACGAAUCAAAUUUUCCAUAAUUCGAAUCCCAUCUUUUUUCUUUUUUCUUUUUUUUUUAUCAGAAGAAAUAUGUCAUUAGAAAGCCAAUCGGCACUUACAAGAGUCCAAAUAAUCCAAAACUUACACCAAACAAAUUGAAAAUAAGGCAAUAAGCACCAAGGAAGAAAACUACGAAAAAAUUCAGACGUACAUAUCGUAUUGGAUUUGGAUGUGA